AUGGUCCUGGGGAAAAACCGAGGUCACCGCAUUGGUCACCGUAAAAAGACUCUUAUCAGCAGACUUGUUCCUAGUUGUGGACGCAUAUUCAAAAUGGUUAGAAGUAGUCCUGAUGAAUCCCACUACAGCGAAAUCAGUCAUCAAGUGAUCUCUGAGCAAGUCAACGCCAGAAGCUCCAGCCGCAGCCUGGGAAAAGUUCCAGGAGGUUACACCAGGCAGGUCUGCAAGAGCAACAGAUCAAAGGAAGAGUUACAAACCUUGUCCAAUUUCAUGAAGGAAAUCUGGCCUGUGGUAGGAAGAGAAGUGCUUUCUGCCUUUGACCUGUCCCAGUUCCCACUCAUUUGCGAUCUGGGUGGAAACACUGAUGACUUAGCUAAGGAAUUGACUUCAUUCUACCCAAAAUGUACUGUGACCAUUUUUGAACGCCCUGAAGUAGUGGAAGCCUCCAAGAACCAUGGUUUGCCUUCAGAAGAGACCAGGAUCACUUUCCAUGCAGGUAAAAGAUGUGAUGUGAUUUUUUUUAAAGAUCCCAUUCCUGAAGCGGACCUCUACAUUUUGGCCAGGACUCUGCACGUCUGGUCAGACGAGAGAUGUUUGCAGCUGUUAUCCAAAGUUUACCAGGCCUGCAAACCUGGUGGUGGUGUCUUAAUAGUGGAAAUGCUUCUUGAUGAAGAUAGAAGAGGGCCUUUAGCAACCCACUACUACUCGAUAUUAAUGUUGCUCUACACUGAAGGGAGAGAAUGGUCAGCAUCCGAGUUUAAUGUGCUCCUCUGCAAAGCUGGUUUCCAAACAGUUGAGUUAAAGAAAGGAAGCCUCUUUUAUAUUAUUCUAGGAAGAAAAUAA